AGGCGGUGCAAUGACGGCCAACUUCUUCCUUUCUUUUGCUUCUCCAUGAUCUCCAGUAUCUUAAUCAUUACAAAAGCUCCAUAUAAUAAGUACACAAAGACGCCAAAACUUCAGAGUUUAUUUGAUAUCUCAAGACAGGAUCUGUUCCAACUCGCACCUUUUGAUUUCUCAGUUUCUGCUUAUUGUAUUCUUUUAAUGACCCAGAUGAGAAAGAUUGGUUGGCCCAAGUUGAAAUUUUCCUUCGGAAGGGCAGGCCGAGCUCUGAAGGAAAGGGCAAAUAGCUUGUCAAGCAAGUUAAGCGUGAAUGAAGAAUACAUGGAAGCUUUCAGAACCGAGUCUUACAUAGACAUAUGGAGCAAAGUUCAAGGUCAGCUGGGAAGAACAAACAAUGUUAGUACUAGCAGUAAACUCUCUUCAUCGCCUGCUCUUCCUCUCUAUCUGCAUCUCUCCGAAUAUUUACUCGAACCAAGUCAAGAAACCCUAGUGGAAAUGAUAAAAGGCAUGAAUCUUCAUUACCUUUUAAUGGAUUAUUUUGAAGCCAGCUUUGAAGCGUGUAAAGUCUGUGAAUUACUCCUUCAAAGCAUCCAUCAAACGCGUGCUAAUUAUAGAAAAAUCAAGCUGGGUAGAAGUGGGCAUGAUCAUGCUGAUCAUUAUGCUGAUAAGCAAUAUUGCCAGGCUCUCCUCGGUGAGCUUGCUGCAAUUGCAGUGUCAAAAAACCCAUUAUCGAAUAUUAGUACAAUGCAAUUUCGUGAUAUUCAUGAUGGCCACAUGGCAUUGUUCCAUAGACUAACAUCAAAAUACAGAACAAUCAAAAGGGGAGCAAGCUUUCAUAGAAUUUGGAAGAGGGCUUGUGGGAUUAGUCUUUUUAUUUCACAAACUGCAGUUCUGAUUCUGCUGCUGAUAUUAGCACUCCAUAGCAUGGUUGGAAUCGCGGCAGCACCAACGCUACUUACAUUUUCCUUAGGUUUCUCUACGAAGAAAAUGAAGGGGGGUUGUGGAGGUUUUAAGACUAGAUCAUUGCUUGAUAGACUUGGUGAGCAACUUGAUGUUGCAGCCAAAGGGGUUUACAUAUUGAUCAAUGAUUUCGAUACGAUGAGCCGGAUGGUUAAGAGGUUAAACGAUGAGGUAGAGCACCAGAAAGCUGUUGCGGAUAUGUGUGUUAGGAAUGGGAAAUGUGAACUAUUAAAGGAGGUUGUGAGGGAAUUUCAUAUCCACGAGUCAAGCCUUCUGGACCAGUUAGAAGAGCUUGAAGAACACAUCUACUUGUGCUUUCUCACAAUAAACAGGUCCAGGAGGCUUGUAAUCCAAGAGAUAAUGGAGGCUCACCAAUGACACAGAUCAUCUUCAUAAGCAAAUAGAUGGUGACCAUUCUUGUUGAUCCAUAAGAGUCGAUUCGAGAUUAAGAUUGUUGUACGUGGAAUAGAUUUUGUUAAUCCACAAUGAUGACAGAUCCUGAUGUUUAAUUUGUUCAAGUUCUUUUCGAGUCUUUAUAAUUCUUUUGUAUUUAGUUAAUACUAAGAAAAAUGCUAUAUCUACCGAGA